ACCAUGUAUAUUACACUAAUGCCUUUAAAAAUGCCGUAAUGUCCCAUCAGUUCUUUCAUCAAAAUGCUCGGAUGCUCACCAAACAAUUUCUCACUAUCCAAAAACAAGCUCGUCACAUAAUACGUGCCUGCUCUGCUUAUCAGGCUGUACAGGGUGGGCCCUUACAGCCUGGGGUUAACCCCCCAUGGUCUUACCCCUAAUUCUUUAUGGCAAAUGGAUGUUAUUCAUUUCCCUACCUUCGGGCACAUUUGUUAUCUUCAUGUAACUGUUGACACUUGGGAAUGAUUCCAUGCCACAUUAUCGGGUGAGCGUGCCUCGCAUGCUAUCACUCAUUUGUUAAACUCCAUAGCUUAUCUAGGGCUUCCUCAUAGUGUAAAGACCCAUAGUGGACCCUGUCACACCGCAGCUGCCUUUCAGACCACUUUACUGGACAGAAACGUUCACCGCAUCACUGGCAUUCCACUUAACCCUACUGGACAGGCAAUUGUUGAGUGGACCAACCAAACCUUAAAAAAUUAUUUGGAAAAACAAAAGGGGGAGUACCCUGCCCCUCCACAACAAAGAGUAGCAAAAGCAUUAUGCACUCUUAAGUUUUUGACUUUGUCCGGUCUCCAGCUGCCUUCCACCGCGGUCCUUUGCCAUUACACUUUCUUCUCUGGAUUCUAGCUUGAGCCCCGACAGAGUGUGGGUGCGGCCAUGGGAUUCUGCGGGAACUUGGGACGGCCCUUUUGGUGUGUUGACAUGAGGCAGGGAAUAUGUUUGUGUUCAAACUUCUACAGGUCCUGAGUGGGUCCCCUCCAGACGAGUUCGCCUGCACCAUGAGCUGGAAGGACCAACCCAACAACCUGAUUCCGCAAAUGGAACGUCUAUCCCUCCAGUUGCCGCUGUCCUCGGGGACCCCACCGCCACAGACACGUAACACCAUGAUGGCACCCGGGAUCACGUGGGGUCAACUGAAACAACUAGAGACACAGGCCUCAGCUAUGAUGACACAACUAGGGGCUCCUCCUACCCCAGGGAACACUUUUCUGGCGUAUUUGGCUAUUGUUGCCCAGAAUAGCAGCCAGGACGGCGGAUCUGCCAAUUGAUGACCUCCCAAUGCCAUCAUGAAAAAACGCGGACUGAAGCUUACAUCUCUCUUUCUCCUACUCACAAAAUAAGCAAAAAAGGGGGACGUGUGGGGGCUGGGCCUAGAAUAAAGGAUGGAUGGAUGGAAAGAAUGUGUGCAGGGUGAAUGAAGGGACAGGCGAAAACGCCUGCCGGAGCUGCCUGUUUGCUGUGUGCAAAGGUCAGUUGAAAACAGCUGACCUGUACGGAUGUCGUCCCAGACCUUUGUCCUCCAGCUAAGUUCUUUGUUCUAAGAAUUAUUAGCUGAUAUCUGCACAUCUUGUUCCUUAUCUACAAAGAGUUAUGCUUGCUUAAGUUUCCACAUUCUUGUGUUCUCCCUGACCUCUUGCAUGUAUCCUUGGUAAUAAAUACAGGAAGGAACUUAGCUGAGGAGGCCAUUUUCUCCUUCAGA